AUGGCAGGCAAUCGUCCUUCCAUUGGCGAGAGUAGCCACCGCGGAUCCAUUGGCGGGAGCAGCCACCGUGGAUCCAUUGGCGGAGGUACUCCUGGACUUCCCCACGGGGGGACUCCAGGGCCAUCUGGCUUCGCCACUCCCGGCGGUACCACCCGACUCCCUGGCGGUUCGCUGCCCAACUCAGCUGCGUGGCUGUCCAUGAAGAACCCCGAUCUUCUCUCUGCAUCUGAGCGUGUGUUGCACAACAACCAGAUGAUGCUCGCAUACAUGAUCAAUCAGACCACCCAGGCCUUGAACGACACGAUGGGUCGCAGCGGUAAUAUGUUCUCCGUGCAAAUCGAAGCUGGAUUCAUCAAUCGACGGCAAAAGGCUAAUGAAUGUGCAACAGGUUCCCGCGCUGCUUCCAAGGAGCCAGUGACCGCCGAAGAGACCGAGACCCAGCAGCGAGACGAGGAGAUCAUCGAAGAACUCCAAAACGACCCCGUGAUCAAGUCCCACACCCGCGACUUCCUCCAGCGAGCCCUGGGCGCUUCGGACAAGACCGCCUUGUGCUGGCGCGCCGGCAAGCCUGCGGAGAAGGAAGCCGCCGACUUUCUGAAGAUUCUCCAAACCGCUGUUGUCGAAGAGCAGAAAUCCAUCGAAGAGCACAUCGCCAACGCCAUGGACGAGAACGAAGAUCCGCCACAACCCGUCCUUCAGAUGAUGCAGUCCAAGAUUCUGAAAUUGUCCAAGGGAGACAAGGGAGGUUUGGUGCGUUGGUACAAUCAGUCCGUCGUCCAGAACGAUCUCGGUGGCAAAGGCAAGCGUGGUGCACCAACAAAGAAGGAUGCGCAAGGCGGGAAGGCGGGCAAGGGAGCUGAAGGCAGCAAGGCGGGCAAGGGAGCGGAGGGCAGCAAGGCCGCUGGGAAGAAGCGCAAGGCAGAGGUCGAAGCUGAGGAUGAGGACGAGGAUGAAGAGGAGGAUACCAGUCGUCAUUCCAAGCGUCAGCGUCCUGGCAGCCGGAAAUCGACCAAUGUCAUCGACGAGGACGAGGAGAGCGAGGACGGCUCUGAGUAG